UGUUGAACGUGAACGAUGCGUCUUUGCGUCUUUGUAUGAACUAAAUCAUUUAUUAGAAAUUCCUUAGUUAUUUAUGAAAUAAACUAAUUAAUUGUCUAUUGAACUUGAUUCUUUAUAUACCAGACACUCUUUCUAUUCCAACCAUGGGGACAUCAAAAAAGCACAAGGAAAGAGAUCGAGACAGGGAACAUAAACGUAAACAUAAACAUCGCGACCGUUCUCGUUCAAGAUCUAGGUCCAGAGACCGAUCCGAUAAACACCGGCGUCGCGAAAGACGCCAACAAAGACAAGAAACUGCACCUGUAGAAGAUGAUAUUGAAUAUAUAGGCACCACUCCUGCUGAAGAAAAUAUCAGAGAACCACCAGUUGACCGACGAGAAGUAAUAAAUAGCGGUGGUGGUGCUUCAUCUGGUGGUGGAGAAUCCUUAAGUGUAGAGGAAACAAAUCGCCUACGGGCAAAACUUGGACUCAAGCCCUUAGAUGUGGGUGGAAGUAGUGGUGGUGGUAAUGACGGAGCUUCAGUAUCGAAGGAUGAAGAUGUCCAUGCACCAGCGGUUAAUUGGGCGGAACAGAAAAAAACAGAAUCGUUACGAGAAAAAAUGGCGGUUAUGAGAGAAAAGCGUCUAAUUAACCAAAAAUUAGGGAAAGUAAAGGCAUUAGGGGACAGUGAUUCCGAUGAUGAUGGUGUUCUAGGAUGGGUGAAAAAGAGCCGAAAACUAGAAAAAGAAAAGCAGUUGGCUGCAAAAAGGGCCAAGUUAUUAGAAGAAAUGGAUGAAGAGUUUGGUAUUGCGGAUUUGGUAGAGGAGGAAUUUAAACCCACCAAGAAGAAUUAUACAUCCAAGGAUUUAAAGGGAUUAAAAGUAAAACAUGAAGCUAACAGAUUUAAAGAAGGGAAGACAGUUAUAUUAACAUUACAAGAUAAAGGUAUAUUAGAUGAAGAAGAUGCUGAUGAGUUAAUUAAUGUUAAUAUGUUAGAUGAUGAGGUUGUGGAUAGAAAUCUAGAGAAUAAAAAGAAGAAACCCGAUUAUAAGCCAUACGAUGAACCUGAAUAUGAUGAAUAUGGAGUGUUUAAGCCAAAAAGUAUUUUAGAAAAAUACGAUGAAGAAAUAGAUGGAAAGAAAGCAGAGUCAUUUGAAAUAGGAGGUGGAGGAAAAUAUGAUGGUCUACAUGAAAAACAGAUGAGUAGGAUACGAGCGGAAUUAAAGAAACAGGAACAAUCGUUAUCUUUAUCAGCACCACAACUAGCCAGUGAAUAUUAUACACAUGAUGAAAUGGAUGCCAAAUUUAAAAAAGUUAAGAAGAAAGUUCGUAAGAUUAGAAAGUUGAAAGCUGAUGAUUUGGUUCCAUUACCAGAAGAAGAACUUAAUAUAGAUCCUUUUCAAACGCCUAAUUUAUCUGGUACGAAUCAUAUACCUGGUUUAACACUAGUAAAACAAGUUAUGGAAGUUGAUCCUCAAGAAGAAGAUUUAACAGGUGUACAAGUUGAAGAUGACGGAGCUGAUGAACUACAUACAGCUUUAACUAAAGCUAGAAAACUUAAAAUAAAGAAAGAAAGAGAUAGUAGAGUAGUACCUGAGAAGGUAGCAGAAAUGGUUCAGAAAUCAACAGUUAAACAGGAAAAAUCACCUAAUAAACUUGAUAGUAAUAUUAUUCUCAAUUCAACGUCUGAAUUCUGUAGAAAUUUAGGCGAGAUACCAACGUAUGGUUUAGCUGGUAACAGAGAGGAAGAGAGAGAUGAAAUAAUGGAUAUGGAAUUAGAAAUAAUGGAACAGAAAAGACGACAGGAAGAAGAAGAUAAUCCAAGUGGUUGGAAUGAAGUAGAUAUAGAUGAUCAACCUGUUGAUAUAAUGGGAGAAGAAUCGGCUGUAUUAGAAGAAGAACCUAUUGUCAGUGAAGGUGUUGGAGCAGCAUUACAGUUAGCUAUGAAAAAGGGAUAUUUGGAGAAAGAAAUGAUUAAGCCUACUACUAGUAAACGGGUUGAUUUAGAAGCCAAGAAUUAUUCUAUUGAAGAUAAACGAUACGAUGAUUUAGAUGAGAAAUUCCGUAAACGCGAUCGUUACUCUGGUGGCGUUGUUAGUGACUUUAAAGAUAAAGAUGGAUAUAAACCUAAUGUCAAAUUAGAAUACGUCGAUGAAAAAGGAAGAGAUCUCGAUCCUAAAGAGGCUUUUAGACAAUUAUCUCACAGAUUCCAUGGUAAAGGAUCUGGAAAGAAAAAGACAGAAAAAAGAAAUAAAAAACUUGAGGAAGAGCAGUUAAUGAAACAGAUGAGUUCAACUGAUACCCCAUUAAAUACACUAUCCAUGUUACAAGACAAACAGAAAUCUGAGAAGUCACCAUUUAUUAUUUUAUCUGGUAGUAAAGGAUUAACUGCAGGCCAUUCUAUCAUGAAGUCUCGUUGAAACCUUUUAAGUUAAAGCAAAUCUGUGAAGAGUUACCAGUACCAGUAAAGAUAUCUGUUAUAAUGGAUAUUGGAGUGAUGAUUGGAAUAAGUUACUAUACAAAGUUUUACUUAUAAAUACAUAUGAACACCUCAAAACAAGAAUUUAUGCUACAUAAAAAUAAUGCUAAGAGAGUCUACCUGAAUUAGUAUUGAAAAUAGUGCUACCCACCUUAUAUUAAUUCUAAGUGACUGUUGUCAUUGUUGGGAAGAGGCAUGAUAUAAUUUUAACAGUAUUGGUCAGAUGCAUGUACAUUACGUAUGGUUUAAUGGUCGAGAGCGAGACAUUAGGUAAUAUAUUGAUACUGCACUAGGCGUUAGCCGAGUGUUGUUUCAAUAUAUUACGCAAUGUCUUUAGUUCGAGACCAUUAAACAACUUAAAAUACAGAAAAUAUCCCGCACGUGCUUAUCAAUGAAAUACGUCACACAAGUCCAAUAUUUCAUCUAGUAUAGAUAAUGUACGAUUAGCAAGUUGCCCAUACAUUAUUGGAAAUAAUGGUACGCCAAUAUCAAAGGAUGAUGUCACCUCUAUAUUUUAAAUCCAUAUAUUAAUUUGUUAUGAAGUGUUGAUAUUGUGUAUGUUCAUACAUCACAGAGUAUCAGAGUAACUUCCAGAUCAAUAAUAAGCAUAUGGCUGUAUUCUAGGUGGGGCCCUAUUUAUGGAAUUUUAAACUUAGUAUUUUAAGAAUUCAGCAUUUUUAUUGGCUGAUAGCUAAAAUCUGUGCUAUGAUGUUAAUGUUCAGCCAAUGAACAGCCUGUAUACUUAAAAUAUUUGUUUGUAAGAUAUUAUAAAUAAGGUCCCUGGUUUUGUGAAUUGAAAAUGAACACAUUACAUUUGUUCAUAUUUUAAUGUACAUAAUAGUUUGUAUAUGUCUUUGUAUAUAAAAAUACUUUAAGACAUA